UGUGGCGGGAGGAGGAGAAGAAGGAGGAGGCGAGGCGAGGCGAGGCGAGGCCAGGCGAGUCGCACGAUUACCGGUCGUGCCUGACUUCACAUUACCGGGGACUGGUUUGACGGGACCUGUUACUGGACGAGCGAUGCGUUUCGGUUAACGAAAAUAUCUGCUGUUUCUUUAAAAAAAAAAAAAAAAAAAAAAAGAAAGAAAGAAGAAGCAAAAACGACGGCUGGUCCGGAGAACGACAGAAAUUGUUGAGGAUGGGCGAGCACCCGGGAUCACAAUGGCUGCUGCCUGUCAGUGAAUAUUCGGGAUUUCCUCUUGAAAUGGUGAACUUUUUGGCGUGUCAGCUGUUUGCUCUGUCGUCGGGCUUCUGCUUUCGCGUCUACCUCAGCCCCCGUCGCAGCCACCCCCGCGUGAGGCACGCCGUGGCCACUCUGCUCGGCGUCGCCUUCCUCGUCUUCUGCUUCGGAUGGUACUCCUCUCAUUUCUUUGCAGUGGUUCUUGCAAACUACCUCAUCAUCAUCCAGGCUGACAUCAACAAUGUCCACAGGUAUUCCAUGGUGAUGGCGAUGGGGUACCUCACCGUGUGCCACGUUAGCAGAGUCUUCAUUUUUAAAUAUGGAAUACUCUCAACUGACUUCUCUGGGCCACUGAUGAUAGUGACUCAGAAAAUUACCUCACUUGCAUUCCAGCUCUAUGAUGGUAUGUGUAGGAAUGCUGAAGAACUGACUUCAGAACAGAAGAUGCUUGCAAUCAAUGUGAGACCUUCUCUCAUCGAGUACCUGAGUUACAAUCUCAACUUCCUGAGCGUGUUGGUGGGUCCGUUCAAUAACUACAAGGACUACACGGACUUCAUCGAGGGCACGCACAUUAGCCGCAGGCUCCGGCGAGACUCCCGCACGUGCAACGGCAAGAACGGCUACCAUAAGAGUCCAGAACCGUCACCUCUGAAAGCCGUGUGUCAAAAGUUGCUGGUGUGCUGUGGCUGCAUGCUCUUCUUUCUCACCAUCACCCGCUCCUUGCCCAUCCAGUACAACGUGCAGCCGCACUUUGUCAGCCAAGCCCCCUUCAUCACGCGCCUCGCCUACGCUUUGUUUUCCAUCCAAGCUGCCCGCUCCAAAUUCUACUUUGCGUGGACACUCGGUGAUGCCAUCAACAAUGCUGCCGGUUUUGGUUUCUCAGGGAUGGAUGAACAUGGAAAGGCUUCGUGGAACCUCCUCAGUAACUUGAACAUCGUGGGGAUUGAAACAGCGACCAGCUUCAAGACUUUCAUCGACAACUGGAACAUACAAACUGGAAAAUGGCUUAAAAUGGUGUGUUAUGACCGAGCGCCGCGGCACCGCUUGGCCUUGACCUUCAUCUUGUCUGCCUUAUGGCACGGCGUUUACCCAGGGUACUAUUUCACCUUCGUCACCGGCAUCCUGAUCACGCUGGCAGCGCGAGCUGUCCGCAAGUCGUUCCGCCAUCGCCUCCUGGGCCGCAGAAGUUUAAAGCUGGUUUACGACAUCUUGACGUGGGCGUUCACCCAGCUGGCCAUCGCCUACACUGUCAUGCCCUUUCUACUCUUGGCAGUGGAACCCACCAUGAUCUAUUACAGGUCCAUGUACUUCCACAUGCACAUCAUCAGCAUCCUGGCCGCACUUGUCCUGCUCCCCAAAGUCAAAAGCAAAGCCGGCGCCGCAAAGACGCCCUCACACGCCUCCUCCGCCCAGUCCCCGCAUGACCUCUGUAACAACAACGACAAAACACACUGACGCCUCCUCCAGAUACCGACAAAGGUUUUCACGCAAACAAACAAAAGGAAGUACAGUAUGUCGUUUUUUUUUUUUUGUUGUUGUUGUUUUUUUCUUUAAACGAUUUGAAGACAGAAGAGUCUUUGAGCGGACAUCAUGAACCGGGAUUGUGUCGCCAACAUAUCUGACAGAAGGUCUUUAUUGACAACAGCGUGGACUGAACUGGAGACGGCCUGUUCCUGGGCGCGAUUUGAGUCGGCGCCGUGGGAGCGGGGAGGCGAAUACCGCAAGUCAUACUCACAGGCAAGACGGUGGAGUACAAAUAUGCGCACUGUGGCUGGGACGGCACACAAAGGUCGCCGUUGUGUAGCCGGAGCUCGAUUGUCCGCCGUCACCAGACACUCCCGUCGCGUGGGUAAUUGCGUGCGCGUGUGUUCAUCGCAAACGAAACGAGUGAAAUUAGGAUGCUGCUUUAAGAAAAAAUAAAACAUUACAUUUUACGCCACAUACCACUGGGGGGCGGGGGAGGUGCUGUACCAUAGUAGAAAAACAGCUUUUAUUCAUAACUAUAUUUAAUAUGAUUUUAAUACACCAUUACAUUAAAAAGUUUGAACUCUUAAAUAGAGGAAAAAUCAAAAGUUUAAAAUGUUUUUAAAUUAAAUGAAAAUGAAAUUUACACGACUUUAAAAAUAAGGAGCUCUUGAAGAUUAAAUGCAAAUAUAUUAAAAAUGUAAUUAGCAUAACUACAUUCACGCUGACAGCGAUACCACAGAUUACUAGUAGUGCAACCAUUUCAUAAUUAAUAGCCUACAAAAAGAGUAGAGAUCAAUGGUCAUUUAUAAAAAUGUUUUUUUUUUUUUUGUCUUAUAUCCCGUCACGCCAUCACUAUAUCGCAGGGUGUUUUCGGGCUUCGCAUCACAAUCGGCCACGAGUUUCGGUGCGCGCAAGGCAAACCUCGGAAAAACGUUUUGCGCUUCUUGGCGGGAAUUCCGAGCGUCGCCCCUCGCUCGCCACGUUUGCGUUCGCUGUCGACUUGCGAUUGCGAAGCACGCAAACGCGGGCGCGCUCGUCGGACGCGGUGGUUCCUCUUCGCCUGAAUGGACUCGAUCCGGGAAGCGCUGACUGGACCACAUUCCGUAUGCAGUACUUUAUGUUAAUAUGUCACCACUUGAAACACUUUAAGGAAAAUGGCGGGUGAGUUUAAGAUAUUGUGACCACUUUUGGAAUGUACAUUAACUUUGAUUGAGGUCAAAUGUUGAAUAUGCAAAUCAAAAAUGUUUACACUGAUUUAUGUUUGUUUUCACAAAUUCCUAAUAUUUAUUGACCUUGGCCAAUUUUUAAUGGGGGAAAAACAGGAUUCAGUGUUGCUACUGCCUGAGGGAGUCGAGACAUUUGCGCGUUUAUUUUUUUUUGUUUUUGUCAAUCAAAAACUCCGUGUUAAUGCAAACGGUAUAAAUGGAUGGUUGCAUCGUAAUCAUGUGCAAUUUGGACAUUUUGAUAUGCACAAGUGAUCAAAUUUAUUUGUCAGUGAGAAUGUGUUCUUUAUGUUCUUUUUUUAAAAUAUAUUUUACUUUGUGAAAUGUAACCAAUAAAGCUUCCUGACAACUUGAA